AUGGCAGACUCGUUUGUUGACCCAAUCAUAGAUAAGAUCUUCAAAGCUUGCUCUGUUUACCUUCAAGAUCAAUAUAGAUGGCAGACGGGCAUGAAGAAGGAGCUCGAAAGGCUGCAACAAAACUACCCCAAGGUCCAAGCUGUCGUCUCUGCUUCCACCCAAGCACAGGUCAGACAUCGAAUCCCAGCGCUCAACAGCUGGAUCUGGCAGCUACGAGAUGCUAUCGAUGAGGCAGAUGAUGUUCUGGAUGACUUUGAGUACGAGAAGCUUGAAGAACGGCUUACCAGAAACAAGAAGCAGCAAAAGGUACGUUCCGCCAUGAGCUCUUUAAAGAAAAUUGGCAAACGUGCUCUCAAGACGGAUCCCAAUUUGAAGAGACUGGAGAAGGUUGUGAAGAAACUUGAUAAAGUUUCAGUUGAGGUCACUACUUUCCUUCAUCUCAUCGAAAACAUAAGAUCGUGA